UGUCAUUUCUGAUAAACGGAGCGAUCAGAAUGCCAGCUCAUCUGUUAAUGCGGCAUCUGUGAUUACCCUUUCUGACGAUCACUGCAAGGAAACUGUUCAGUGCGAGUGAAAUUCAUCGAAGUUUAACUGUCAUGAAAGAAUAAUAUCCGCCUCACCGAAGGCUCCACCUCGAUUUUGUAACAAAUUACUGUAAUCAACAAGAUGAUGGUAAAUACAGCCGUCGGAGGCGGCCAGGAGAACGUUGCCAAAUUCCUCGAGUCUUUGCAAUCUGAUUUAAAGGUUCUCUCAUCGGAGACUAAAAAAAAGUAUCCACAGAUAAGAGAGUCAUGCGAAGAAGGAAUAUCUAAGUUACGGACAACUGCCAAUAAUCCUGGAACACCGAUAUACUACAUUGUCAAUCAAAUAUUAUAUCCCUUGGUACAAGGAUGCGAAAGUCGAGAUGUAAAGAUUAUAAAGUUUUGCUUAGGCAUGAUGCAAAGGCUUAUAACACAGCAAGCGGUGGACACAAAAGGUGCCCGAUACAUUACAGAUGCUUUAUGGAUGCUAAUGGAAUCUGGUACAGAGGAAGUAAAAAUUCUUCAAAGUGUUACUCUGUUACUUACAAGUAACACAGUCGUUCACGGAGAGACUCUGGCCCGGAAUUUAGUUCUCUGUUUUCGGCUUCAUUUUACUAAAGAUUCUACAACGAUUAAUACUGCCGGAGCGACUGUGAGGCAAUUAGUUUCGCUUGUAUUUGAGCGAGUAGUAGUUGAAGAUGAGGAGUUUGCCGGCCGUGCCAACCCGGAGGAUGUUAAUUUGGAAGAAUUAAAAGUUCCUACAAAUCAAGCGCCCAAAGGUCUAAGACCAUGUGCAGCAGAUGCCUACCUCAUGUUUCAGGAUUUAGUACAGUUGGUAAAUGCCGAUCAACCUUAUUGGCUCAUAGGUAUAACGGAAAUGACUAGAACUUUUGGUCUGGAACUUCUAGAGUCUGUUUUAACAAAUUUUUCAUCAGUAUUUUUCAAGCAUCCAGAGUUCAGUUUCCUACUGAAAGAACGAGUAUGUGCCUUGGUAAUAAAACUCUUCUCCCCAAAUAUCAAAUAUCGGAACUCUGUGCCAGCAUCGGUACAGCAAGCAACCCCAUUGGACAAGCCGUAUUUUCCGAUCAGCAUGAGACUGCUCCGAGUUGUUUCGAUAUUAGUCCAAAAAUACCAUUGCCUUUUGGUAACUGAAUGUGAGAUAUUUUUGUCUCUGAUCGUUAAAUUCCUGGAUCCUGACAAGCCUGCAUGGCAGCGUGCGUUGGCAUUGGAAGUAUUACACAAAAUGACUGUUCAAGCAGAUCUGCUGACCAGUUUCUGCGAAUGCUACGACCUAAAACCUCAUGCGACAAACAUAUUUCAAGACAUAGUUAACAGUCUGGGAGCUUAUGUGCAAAGUCUGUUUGUAAAUCCGCAAAUGAUGGGACAAGCUGGAGGAGGUACUGGAGUACCUGUUGCACAAGGACAACCACCUGCAUUAUUGGCCGGAAUGCCUGUCGGUCCUGGCGUGUCCCCACAGCCUGGUUUCUAUUCUCGAGGAAUAUGGUUGCCUGUUGUUGCCACUUUCACCAGUGGUCAAGCUAAAUCAACGUAUUUAGAAAUGCUGGACAAGAUCGAACCACCCCAAAUACCUGAUGGUUAUGGAAUCAGCAUUGCUUACGCUUGUUUGUUGGACAUCAUUCGGUCUGUGGCGCUAGCUAUUGAGGGUCCCCGCGAGGAAGGGAGAGAACAAAACCGCUAUAAACCAACAGAAAUUGAGCGCAAGUUGCACACUCAAUUAAUCAUCUCGAGUUGGUGUGGUUUACUCGCAGCUCUCAGUCCAUUGGUCGAUGCCAGCAGUACUGACGAGUCAGCCUCUGAAAAUGUCCUCAAAGCCAUACAAACUUUCGCCUCACUGUGUGGCUCCCUUGAUCUACAAACACCGAGGGACGCUUUCAUAACAGCAAUCUGCAAGGCCUCUUUACCACCACAUUAUGCCUUGACUGUACUGUACAGUGCUCCGCAGGGGAUACCGAGUGCCAGACCUCAGGAUCCUGUACAAUACAAUCCGGCUAAUAUCAGUGAACCUGACUACAGGCAGCAAGUCGUAGCUGUUGGCACUCCGUUGCCGACUGCAUCGCUACCGAUUGGAGCUCAGCAAGGACCAGUUAUGUUGACGGCAAAAAAUUUGCAGUGUAUGCGGGCGCUACUGUCGCUUGCUCACUGUCAUGGCAGCAUACUGGGCAGUGCCUGGCAUCUUGUGUUAACAACUUUGCAGCACCUUGUUUGGAUCUUGGGUCUUAAGCCAUCCACAGGAGGGUCUUUGAAGGCUGGUAGAACUACCGCUGAUUCAAACGCAGUUAUAACUACUGCUGUGAUGGCGGAUUUGCCUGUUCUCAGCGCUAUGCUUAGUAGGCUUUUUGAGAGCAGUCAGUAUCUUGACGACGUCGCGUUACAUCACUUGAUUGAUGCUUUAUGCAAAUUGAGCCAUGAGGCUAUGGAGCUGGCUUAUUCUAAUAGGGAACCGUCGUUGUUCGCUGUGGCAAAACUGCUAGAAACUGGACUUGUCAAUUUACCACGUGUAGAGGUUCUUUGGAGGCCGUUGACCAAUCAUCUAUUGGAAGUGUGUCAACAUCCUCAUAUCAGAAUGCGAGAAUGGGGAGUUGAGGCAAUAACGUAUCUCGUCAAAGCCGCCCUUCAACAUAAAUACCCCCAGCCACUCCGGGAUAAUCAGAAAUUACAAACUCUGUUACUGGGACCAUUGUCCGAGUUGUCGUCAGUGCGUCAUGGAGAUGUGAGGCAGCGCCAGUUGGAAUGCGUUCUACAAGUUUUACACGGAGCUGGCGAAACUUUGUCCCAUGGAUGGCCCUUAGUUCUUGGUAUUAUAGGAGCUGUGUCUAAUCAUCAUGGGGAAGCUCUAGUUCGCAUAGCUUUUCAAUGCCUACAAUUGGUGGUGACGGAUUUUUUACCUGUAAUGCCAUGGAGAUGCCUUCCGCUGUGCGUCGACACUGCUGCUAAAUUUGGUUCGCAAACUCAGGAGCUGAACAUUUCCCUCACCGCAGUGGGCCUCAUGUGGAACAUCAGCGAUUACUUCUACCAGAAUCAAGAAAAAUUGUGCAGCUCUUUACAAGGCGAUGCUACUUCCGUCUUUCCCGAUUUUCCUGGUACCACUAACAUGCCACCGUUUGACAAACUGUGGAUGUGUCUGUAUGCUAGACUAGGAGAUUUGUGCGUUGAUUCAAGGCCUGCAGUUCGAAAAUCUGCAAGCCAAACAUUGUUCUCAACAAUAUCUGCGCACGGAGGAUUGCUUCAUCAACCAACCUGGCAAGCGGUGCUUUGGCAGGUGUUGUUCCCUCUACUGGAUAAAGUUAGGAGUUUAUCCAGUUCUGCAAGCAGUGAAAAAGUCGAUACCAGUGGAAAUAUUCUUAUUCAUCACAGCCGUAAUACUGCUCAAAAGCAGUGGGCUGAAACCCAGGUUUUAACACUGAGCGGAGUGGCCCGAGUCUUCAACACAAAAAGGCAACUGUUGCAAUUAUUGGGAGACUUUCCGCGGGCGUGGUCUCUGCUUUUAGAAUUUAUAGAGAAUUCUGCACUGAGUAAAAAUAACGAAGUGUCGCUGGCAGCUCUGAAAUCUUUCCAAGAAAUACUGUAUCUCCAAAAAGGUGGAGAUAGUGAGGAAGCUGGUCGAUCCAGUGAUUCGGAAGCGUUGUGGCUGGUCGCAUGGCGAGUUUGGCUCAGUAUUGGUAUGGAAAGUACGACCCCACCGAGAGAAGGAGAAACUGAACCCUACGUACCUUCGCAAGCCUUUUUAACGGCAUUGGUUCAUAUUUUUCCAGCAGUAUUUCAACAUAUUAGAAAUAAGUUUACAGGUACGGAUCUUCAAAAAUUAUGUAUUGUCCUAAAAAACGCAGUCGCAGUCCCUGUACACGGAGAAUCAACUCCUUACAUCUUACCAACAUUGCCGGAUGUUGUUUUGACCCAGUUGCAAGACGGGGUUCUUCAUUCCAUGGAACUACUGCAAAAGGAAGUACUCAAUGGAACAGACAAUCUGAGAACGAUGAUUGGUUCGAUAUUCCUGCAGCUGUUGAGUUUUUCAAAGCUAGCUUGCCAAGCGCCCACUUAUGGAAAAAUACCCACAAAGCAUAUAUCCCAGGUCAGAGGAGUGUCUGCUGACUGGGUUACCAUGAACUACGUUCCCUUUGGGGAGAAGGCAUUGUCAAUGGUCGUGAGUCUUUACCAAAAAACUGCUCACGAGGAAGCGGUGAUAGACGGAAAAGUGCUCGAGCACAUAAUAGAAGCUCUUCACGUUCCGUUAUCCAUGAAAUACAAUUGCCCAUCACCUACAACCUGGAAACUAGCCGUCACCAGUCUCUUGGCUGUCCUGCAUACAGGUUUACCACUGGCAAGAACGUAUCCUGAGCAGUUUUCCAGCAUGUGGACAGAACUGGCGGAUACUUUGGACGACUUUUUAUUCCCUAAGAGCGUGAUAACUACGGAACGUGGCGCUGAAGAAGUGCAAGCAGAUGAAGCAGUUGAUUGCCAAGUAAUGGAACUACUGAGAGACGAAGUACUGCCGCACUCACAACACGUACCUCAUCAGUUUAUACUCCGAGUCGUCAUGCUGCUAAAUAAAGGUUCCAUUCAUUCGGCAACAACUACAAGUAUUGAAAAUAGUAAUGAGACUAAACUGAGAGAAGAAUUUGCCAAGACUUGUUUUGAGACGCUCCUUCAGUUUUCGUUACUCGAUGGCUUAAGCAACGAAAUAGAAACGACAACAAGUGAAGCUUCGGAAUCUGACGAAGGAGGGGUCGCUGGCCGACUAGCUGUUACAGCCCUACUUCACAGGUUUCAAGAAGUACUGCGUCGCUACAUAGAAGACGAAAGACGAAGCGGAAAAUGCCCUCUGCCAAGAUACAGAUUGUCGGAGAUAUCGUUUGUAUUAAAGGCUGUAGCGACGCUCGUUGUAUCUUUGAAGAAAGCACCUGCUAACAAAGUUGACCGAUCCGUUUGGGAGCAGCUAAUAGGUUUAUAUCCAUACCUAGUCGAAUGUACAGUGGCCACUGCCUCGGGGCAGGUUUCACGAUCGCUGCGCGAAGCUCUCCUCCAGUAUCACGAUUUGCUCAGGUCGCCGAUAAGUAGUUUGCCAACUUCCAACGGCGUUUGAUCUAUGCAAUCAAUUUCCGAGAAGACUACUAAUCAUUUUAAUACGGCACCUGGGAGUCGACGCUAAACUGUAUCUCCUACCCUGCGCAGAUCAUUUCUUCGACUGAACUGCCAACGAUAUAUCCACUGUGCAUACCCAUGCGGGUAAUGAGGCUGGUGUCCCUGAUCAGUGAGUAUUUCCCUUCCCUUGAGCUUAAAGAAACAGAGACGGUACAAAAUUGAUUGUAAUAUAAUUGAUUUGUUUCCAGACAUUAUUUAGUAGAAUGAAUUUUUCAUUCCUCUACCGAAACUAUUUUCUCUGAUUCUUAUUAGCUACUUCUAUUUUCUUUUUAUUCGUUUCUUUUCGUCCUGAAAAUUAUCAGGUUAUCUGGUUGUAAUAAUCUUGACUGAAAUAGUAUUUUUUAUUUAAAAUACCUAAAUUACAUUGGUCUUCAAUUUUCAUUUAUCAACCAUAGUAGAUGAGGUGAAAAAACAAUCUUUGCAUUUGUGAUCUGUUAUCACUAAUGACAAGUUGAUGAAAAAAGAAAACAUAUUUUAUAAUUAUAACUAUAUUUAAUGAGAAUAUGCAAUGUUGAAAUGCUAAUCAAGUAGUACGGCAAACAUUAAACAAAGAGGUCAAUAUUAUAAUGGAAGAUAUUUUAAAAUAAAUUGAUUUCGAACGGUACUGAAUUUUUAUAACUAUCCAAUAAAUUGAACACAAUUUUUUAUAGCCGUUCAAUGAAGUCAGGUUUUAAAAACCAUACCAAAAUAUAGGGUAAACACACUAAUAAAAAUUAUAUGGACUGGUAUAAAAAUUUUCGCAACAAAGAUAAGAAUAUCAAUGGAAAUGAAUAUUAUAUCGUCGUUUGUUUUUUCUUAUUACAUAAUCAAUAGUAACUGUAAAGUAACGUAAUUGGAAUUAGUAGUAUUAAAUCUGUCAUUACAGUAAGACUUGAAUCAUCUGAAAAAUAUCUUUCAUUAAGGAACUGCAAUGUUUGUAAUGUUCAGUCUUCACUGAUGGUAUUUAAAUCUUUAAUAUCGCCUUGCAAAUCAACUAACUAUUUUUUCCGAACGGGUGAAUUAUCCAGAUAUUUCCGUAUAAAAACGAUUUUUUUUUACCGACAGAUAAGAGAAACACGAAUUCUAUAUAUAUAUAUUGCAAUUAUCUGGUCCUUUGCGGAAGAUUAACCCCUCAUCCAGUGUAGAUAACAAUUAUUUAAUUUCUAAGUGUAGUAAUUAAAAAUUAUAAUUAAUUAUGCAUUACUACAUAAUACCGGCGCUAUUAGCAUGUUACACGAUUUUCUAGAUAGUAGACAGUGUGCAAUAAACGAUUAAUAUUAAGUAUAUAAACUGUAAAUAAUUAAUUGCAUUGCAGGUUUAUAAAAAUAGAAGUAGUGUGGCUUUGUGAAGUCUGAUGUAAAUAUUACAUUGAUGAUGAUGA